AUGACUCUUGAAUUUGAGAUGACCGACAUUGGCCUCAUGACUUACUAUUUAGGCCUAGAGGUGAAGCAAAUAGAAGAUGGCAUUUUUAUUUCUCAAGAAGGAUAUGCAAAGAAAAUUUUGGAGAAAUUCAAAAUGCUUGACUGCAAUCCUGUGAACAUGCUUAUGGAAUGUGGAGUUAAGUUGUCAAAGUUCGAUAGCGAGGAAAAGGUAGAUUCCACUCUCUUUAAAAGUCUUGUGGGAAGCUUGAGAUACUUGACAUUCUCAAGACCUGAUAUUCUCUUUUCAGUUGGGUUAGUAAGUCAUUUUAUGGAAGCUCCUGUCUUCUCUCACAUGAAUGUUGCUAAAAGAAUUCUACAUUACCUUAAAGGUACCAUUGAUUUUGGGUUAUUUUAUUCUUCAUCUAAUAAGUUCAAGCUUGUGGGAUUUUGUGAUAGUAAUUUUGCUAGAGAUGUUGAUGAUAGAAAAAGUACAAUGGGUUUUGUAUUUUUUAUGGGUGAUUGUGCAAUUACAUGGAGUUCCAAAAAUCAAUCCAUUGUUACAUUGUCAACUUGUGAAUCGGAAUAUGUGGCGGCAACUUCUUAUACUUGUCAUGCUAUUUGGCUUAGAAGAUUAUUAAAAGGGCUGGAGCCACAGAGAUUUAUAUUGACAAUAAGUCUGCACAAGCUCUCGCUAAGAAUCUGGUGUUUCAUGAUCAAAGCAAGCAUAUAG